CACACACACACACACUCCCCCUGGCCUUGUUUUGGCAAUGGCAUCCGCGCCCUGACCGCGGUGGCAAAAAACCGGCAAGCGAUGUUGCAAGUGGUCCAUACCAUCGAAGACUGGUUCUAUGAGAGGAGGCCAAAGAUUGUGGUCUUCAGCGCUGUGGGCGGCGAGGGCUUCGCGGUGGCCAGCGCGGUGCUGAGUCAGUCGAGGAAGCCCCAGGUGGUGGCGGUGGUGAAGGAGGAGAACCACGCGAAGGCGCAGGCGCUGAAGUCGCAAGGCGCGGUGUUGGCGCUGGACCCCUUGAGGCAGGACUGGACAGAGGAGGAGGAGCUCGUCGAGCGAGUGGCGGAGGUGCUGAAAGAAUCCACUGGAGCCUACUUUGUGGCAGAGGGGGAUAGCGCCGCGCAGGACCAGGCGGCUGCCAAGGUCUAUGCGGCGGCGGCCUACAAAGCUGGGGUGCGCCACGUGAUUUGGUCCACCAUGGAGGACACCUGCACCAUCGUCGAGCCGAGCACCACGAGUCUGCCGUUAGUGGACGGCUACCGUGUGCCGGACUUCGAUGGCAAAGGACGAGGUGAGAAGUACUUCACAGAAGCUGGACUGAAGACAAUGUUUCUUCUGACCAGUUUUCCCUACGAGGAGCUGGUGGCCUACCCCUUCUGCUUGCCCCACUACAGUCCCGCCGGCCAGCGCCUGCGAGUGAUGCUUCCAUUUGAGGAGCGAGUUCCCAUGAUGUCGUGGAAGGAUGUAGGCCGCCUGGCGGUCUCGAUCUUCCGCUGGGGCUCCUAUGGCCGCACCUCGCUCUGCGGGGACCGCCUCGGUGGGGAGCAGAUCGCUGAGGUCUUCAGCACGCUCUUGCGAGAGGAUGUGGAAUUUGAGUAUCUCCCGGUGGACGCGUUUGAGACGCUGGUGCCCCCGAAGACAACCCGCCAGGCGCUGAUGUUCCGCUACUUCCAGGAGUGCAACGAGGUGGCCCACAAGAUCCGGGAGACGACCACCCUCCGCGAUCCGCUGAGCUUCGCAGCCUUCUGCAAGACCGGGACCAUCCACAUGGGCUCCGAAGGCAACUCCAAAGAGAUCAAGCUCGCGCACAAGCUCGCGCUGCAGCGGAAGCUCAUCGUGGUCUUCGGCGCCACAGGCCAGCAGGGCAACGCCGUGGCCAAAGCGCUGCUCGCGGCCAACUUCGGGGUGCGCUGCGUCACCCGCCGCCCCAACUGCGCGGAGGCCAAAGACCUCCGGGAUCGGGGCGCGGAGAUCAUGCCCGCCGACAUGACCAAGAAGGCCGAGCUGGCCUUUGCGCUGAAAGGGGCCUAUGGCGCCUUCUUCGUGACCUUCUUUUGGGAUCACUUCGACCCACACAUGGAGACGAUGCAGGCCAAGAUGUUCGCCGAAGCCUCGGGCCAUCUGCACCACGCGGUGUGGUCCACCGCGGAGAACACCCGGCAGAUCGUCCUGCCCAAGGAUUCGCGGCUGCCUCUGGUGCACGGCAAGUAUCGGGUGCCUCCCUUUGACGGCAAAGGAAGGGGCGACACGUAUUUCACUGAUUUGGGCGUGCCGACCACCUUUCUGAUGCCGGGGAUCUUUUAUGAGAGCUUUCUCCAUUUCCACCUGGGCCCCCGGCGCAAGCAUCGGGGGAACCCAGACAGACGGCCCGUCCUCAGCCUUCCCAUCAAGUUGAAGCAGUUGCCGCUGGUGGCAGUGCAGGAUGUGGGCCGCAUCGUUGCCGCCAUCUUCCAGCAGCCCAGGGACUAUGUGGGCAAGUACGUGCCGGCGUGCGCUGAGCACCUGAAUGCGGACGAGCUGGUCCAGCAUUUCACCACCGGUCUCAACACCAAAGUGCGCUUCGAAAAAGUGGACUUCAACGUCUACUCAGCGCACAACACCCACGUGCUGGGGUCACGGAUCUGGACCAAGAUCAUGCUCUACGCCAAGUUCUACAACCAGGACUUGCUGAAACGCAGAGACCCGGCGGAGUCCAGGCGCUUGGUGCCGGAGAUGCUGAGCUUUGCAGAUUGGGUCAGCCAGCACCAGCAGGAGAUCGAGACUGUCGCGGAGCCACCCGACACUUUGCCGGACGUCCCGCCUCGCCAUGAGUUGAUGGAUCAUGUGGAGGUUUGAGAUCGGAUCUGCAGUGAGGCCUCGCGAAGAAACACGGCAGCCGCCUUUUGUUGCGGUUGCGCCCCAGUAGUGCCCUUCUCUCCCCUUUUCUGAUCCUCAGCGACCCACGCUGGGAAUGCAGCCAUUCGCACUCGCUUUCUUCUCGCUGCGCAGCUUGCGGCUUGGAAUGAGCCCCAGGGUUCCGGCUGGUUCGAAGCUC